GCGCUCGGGGCCGCGCCAGGCCAUGGCCCGCGCGCCGCAGCCCCGGGCGGCUGAGCGGUGCGAGCCCCGGCGCUGCGCGCGGAGCAGAGCAGCCAGCGACUGAGAGUGAAGUCUUUCAAGUUGGGCGUGGAGACCUUGAGAAGCAGCUGACGAAACGCACUGGCCAAGUGUACGUUCUGAUGAUCUCAGCCCCACACACACGGACAGAGGCCUGGCCCUCAGAUCAGAGCAGGCACAGGAACUGAACUGAUUCCAAGACAGAAACAGUCUCCGCCAGUCAAGAAACCCUCCAAAGUACCUUGCCAUGGAUCUAGAAGAUGAAGAAAACCUGAGUUCGAGCAGCACAGAGGCUAAGGACAGCUGCAGUGCCGACCACGGGCCCCCCGGGGACGGCGGCGCUCCGGGGCUGGCCGACGGCUGCCUGCUCCCCAACGGGGGCGGCAGCGUCGUCAGCAGGAAGCGGCCCCUGGACGAGGGCAGCAACGGGCACGCCAAGUUCCGCCUGAAGAAGAGGAGGAGGGCGCCGGGGCCAGCCCUGCCCAAGAACGCGCUGAUGCAGCUGAACGAGAUCAAGCCCGGCCUGCAGUACACGCUGCUGUCCCAGACGGGGCCCGUGCACGCACCGCUCUUCGUCAUGUCUGUCGAGGUGAACGGGCAGGCGUUUGAGGGCUCUGGGCCCACGAAGAAGAAGGCCAAGCUGCACGCAGCCGAGAAGGCUUUGCGGUCGUUUGUCCAGUUCCCCAACGCGUCCGAGGCCCACCUGGCCAUGGGGAGGGGCCUGUCCGCCAACACGGACUUCACGUCUGACCAGGCCGACUUCCCUGACACGCUCUUUAAUGGCUUUGAGACGCCGGACAGGUCGGAAGUGCCAUUUUACAUGGGCUCCAAUGGUGACGACUCCUUCAGCUCCAGCGGGGACCUCAGCUUGUCCGCAUCCCCAGUGCCUGCCAGCCUCGUCCAGCCCCCGCUCCCAGUCCCCCCACCGUUCCCUCUGCCCAGCGGGAAGAACCCCGUGAUGAUCUUGAACGAGCUGCGUCCGGGCCUGAAGUACGACUUCCUCUCGGAGAGCGGGGAGAGCCACGCCAAGAACUUCGUCAUGUCGGUGGUCGUGGAUGGCCAGUUCUUCGAAGGCUCGGGAAGGAACAAAAAGCUUGCCAAGGCCCGGGCCGCGCAGUCUGCCCUGGCCACCAUUUUUAAUUUGCACUUGGAUCAAACGCCGUCUCGCCAGCCUAUCCUCAGCGAGGGCCUCCAGUUACACUUACCCCAGGUGUUAGCUGACGCUGUGGCCCGCCUGGUUCUGGAUAAGUUCGGGGACCUGACGGAUAACUUCUCCUCCCCCCACGCACGCAGGAAGGUUCUUGCUGGAAUCGUCAUGACGACAGGCACCGAUGUUAAAGAUGCCAAGGUGAUAUGUGUUUCCACAGGAACGAAAUGUAUUAACGGCGAGUACAUGAGUGACCGUGGCCUUGCUUUGAAUGACUGCCACGCAGAGAUCAUAUCUCGGAGGUCCUUGCUUAGAUUCCUUUAUACACAGCUUGAGCUUUACCUAAAUAACAAAGACGAUCAAAAAAAGUCCAUCUUCCAGAAGUCUGAGCGGGGAGGCUUUAAGCUGAAGGACAGUGUCCAGUUCCAUCUUUACAUCAGCACCUCUCCCUGUGGGGACGCCAGAAUUUUCUCACCACAUGAACCAAUCCUGGAAGAACCCGCGGACAGGCACCCGAAUCGCAAAGCCCGAGGGCAGCUGCGGACAAAAAUAGAGUCUGGGGAGGGGACCAUCCCGGUGCGCUCGAACGCGAGCAUCCAGACGUGGGACGGCGUGCUGCAGGGGGAGAGGCUGCUCACCAUGUCCUGCAGUGACAAGAUGGCACGGCAUCAGCAACGCAGAAGCGCGGCAGCCGGGGAAGGCACCCAACUUCAGCGUCAACUGGACAGUGGGCGACUCGGCCAUCGAGGUCAUCAACGCCACGACCGGCAAGGACGAGCUGGGCCGAGCGUCGCGCCUGUGUUCCCUCCCACUUACUGCGCUCCAAGAUCACCAAGCCCAACAUGUACCAUGAGUCCAAGCUGGUGGCGAAGGAAUACCAGGCAGCCAAGGCCUGCCUGUUCCGCGCGUUCAUCAAGGCGGGGCUGGGCGCCUGGGUGGAGAAGCCCACUGAGCAGGACCAGUUUGCUCUCACACCCUGACCGUCGGUGGGGACGUGGAGGUGCCUGGUGUCCGGCCGUGUCCCCAGAACCCCCCAUCUGCCCUGGGGACAGCAUGCAGCGGAAGGCGGGGUGGGGUGGCUGGGUCUGGUGCCGACCUCUGGCGCCUCUGCAGCGCCCUCUCCCCGCCCAGUUGCCCAGCGACUGCUUUCCAUCUCAGUUUACGAUAGAAAUUGAGUUCUACUGAGUAGGGCUUCCUUAAGCUUAGGACUUAGCGGUUACUUCGUGUGAAAUUCUUGAAUAAAUAAUUUAUUCAGAGCUAGGAAUGUGGUUUAUAAAAUAAGAAGUAAUUAUGUCAGGUCACUCUUAUGCCACAUUAUUUUAAUUGCAAAAAAAAGCAUUAUAUAUAUAUAUAUAUAUAUAUGCAGGAAAAGAGAAAGUAGAGGUAGGAAGUAGUAGCCUAAAGAGAGUUCCCGCGCCCACAUGUCCCCACACCAGCUGCCCGCAGGCGGCGCCCGGCCUGCGGCCGAGAGGGCCCGCAGCGUCCGGCCACGUCCCUGCAGCCUCAGCUCCUCCAGAAGCUCCUGUGCUCCUCGCAGGAUCACAUCACAGAAAACUUUUCUUGGUUUACUUCUAAUCAACCAGAUGUAAACGUGGCCAUCCCUGUGGGGUUUGAAACAGUGUUUAGCCGUUAGGACGAGCGGUGUGCUUCAGGGCUGCCGCACUGUAACCAGCCUGACCCCGCUCCUUCCUCGGGGCCCAUGGGGCAGGCGGCCAGCCAGAGGGCCUCGUGGGACCGAAGGAGAAUUAAGGUCGUAGAUGUUCAUUUUGAAAAACACCACUUAAGGCAUAUUUUUAAACUAUUCUUUCCAGGUUUAUCAAAGACAUGUUUGAAAAAUAAGUAUUCAGGAUGAUAGCUGGCCACACAGCGGGCCGCACGCAUAGUCGUGGCAGGGACGGGGGUGCUGCUGGCAUCUGUGGGGAGCCAGGGGCUUUGCCCAACACCGUAUGGCACCCAGGAUGGCCCAGGGCAGCUGAGCGAGGGGGUUGGGCAGGUCAAGGCCCGGCGCCCCGACCUGUGCUCGGAGGCCCACGCCAGCCACCCGUGGCUGCCAUCAGGGUCAGAGCGGAGUGGACGGAGGGAGCGCCGCCCCCUGCCCUUGGCCGGCUUGUAGUGCCGGGGGCUCCUGUGGUGCCAGGGGCGGAGACGGGCACUCCCCACCCUGCAGCGGAAUCCAGAGCGUCACCUGUGUGGCAUCGACCUGUGCGCCCGAUGUCCUGCGUCCUUGCUGGCUGAGAACGUGAGGAACAGGAGCAGAGCAUGGAGCCCUGUAGUGGUCAUGUCCAGGGGAGCUGCCGCCCAGGACACACAGGGCCAGAACUGCCCAGGUUCCGGGAUGAGCGUCGCCCACACCGGCCUCUGCCUUGUGUAGGGCGGUUGCUCAUCCUGAGUCCGUCAGAGGGCGGGCUCGGGCCCCUGUUACAGGACAGGGUCUGGGGGUGCUGGGCCCUCCGCAGCGCAGGCUCCCCUGGCCCAGAAGAACAUCCUGAGAGGCCCUGCGUUUUUAUUCUUCUCUCUGAAAGUGGUAUUUUUUCUAAUGGGGGUUGGGAGAUGGACUUAGUUUUUAAAAAAGAUGUGGAUUUUGACGACAAAGCCCAGAGGAAAUACAUUCCAUAGACAUGCACUGUCCCGUGUGUCUGGCCUUCCCUCGCAUCAGGUGAUGGUUGAAGUCAGUGUGAGUCUCCCUCCAGCCCCAGGUGAACGAUGCCCUACUGUGUGCGGUCCCCGUGGCACCCGAGCUGUGCACCUCUCCCGGGCCGGGUUGUGUGACCCUCCAGGGCAGGCCCCAUGCAGGGCUCGGCUCUGAGAGCCCUCAGGCCUGACCCGCGGUUGCCGGGGAGAAAGGUGGGAGGUUGGGGGGUGGGGAGUCAGGAGGCCUGCCGGGCAUCCUCUAGGACAGACAGCCGGAGCCACUCAUCUG